UUUUUUGGCCGGCUAUGGAACUGCCUUAGUUGCUGUCCGCCUGUCGAGAGAACGCUCGGCUGCUGUUGCUAGACAUAUCAUACAACAUAUCAGCGCACGUUUUCCAACCCGAACAACUUUUAAGUCAGCCAAAAAUAAGGAUGGAGAACAUCUACACGAGCCGCGUGCACGGCUUCCCGGGCAACUGGACGGCGUCGCUGGUCGGCAACGGGUGGGCGACCACGUCGACGGUGCUGUCGCGGGGUGUCGCCGUCAUCAUGCCACAGGAAGGCCUCCUCUCAUUGGUCGCCGUGCUCGGCAGCAGUCUGUCCCUUGUUGCUCUUGUCUUCGCUUUCAUCACUUACAGUUUAUUUUCCGACCUGAGAAGUGUGUCUGGAACUACUCUCAUGAACCUACUUGCUGCCCUGUUCAUGACUCAACUUCUGUACGUUGUUGGUGUUGGAGGAAUUCAGGACACAGAGCUGUGCGUGUCGCUGUCGUUCUCGCUGCAAUACCUGCACCUGACGGUGUUCUUCUGGCUGACGGCGCUGUCACACGACUUGUGUCGCACGCUGCGUCGCAACAUGCACGUGGAGCCGCCACCGACCGAGCGUGCUGUCGGCUGCGUCUUCGCCGUCUACAGCCUGCUGUCCUGGGGCAUGCCCCUCGCUCUCCUCGCCGCCGCCUACCUCUACCGCACCCACCACCACCAGCAUCACACCAACAACCAUUUCCUCAAACAGUACAACUGCUGGUUCUUGGAGAAAGACAUCCAGAUGCUGUUCUACCUUCUACCAACGGUGAUGCUGCUGUUUUGGCAGCUGUAUUGGCUGGCAAAGGGAGCCGCCCUCACACGCAACGCGCCCUCCCUGCAGAUGGAGCCUCGGCGCCGCCUCAAGGUGAAGCGCAGGCGAAUGAUGCAACUUGUCCUCUAUCUCAAGAUCAUUGCCCUUCUCACUGCAGUCUGUUUGUCAGGAGCUCUUGCUACUUUCACUGGGUGGAAUGCAGCUUGGAUAUUGUUCAAUAUAGGUCACUCGGUGCAGGGGAUAACUGUUGCUCUGACGGUGACAUGCAACUGCAGGAUUAUUGGCCUCUACGCAAGAUCCAUCAAACGACGUCAGAAAGCAUUGCUGGCCGUUUCACGCUCCAACAACACACAGAUUAUAUCCUGGUCUCCCGUCCCGGACACAGUCUAAGAACACCCAUCGAAACUGGAAUGAAACCAAUUAUAUCCUAUAAUUGUUUGAUGAGAGCAGUGAUUUGCUGAUACUGUCCACUUGGAUCAGCUCUUUUGGCCUAGUACUAAUGAACCGAAGAGCUGGGAUAACCUUUUAGUCGAAGAGAGAGAUAAACUACUGUGUAACACUUGCAGGUAUCUCUGAAAUUCUGUAAGCUUCAUUAGUAUUGACUUGAAUAAUUGUCAGUGAUAGAUACCCUGUAAUUAGAAUAAAAUAGCAUUUCAAGAUCUCCUGUGCUGAACAACGAUACCGGUAUGGAGAACAUAUAAUAAAAAUAAUAAUACAAUCUGACACUAGUACUGACAGGGAGAGAAACUGAAAAUACCUACAGUAACUAUAUAAACCAAAGGUUAUAUAUUUACUGUAAUAAUAUCAAACUCUUCUAGUCUAGUGUGAACUUGAAAUCUUUAUGAUAUGGUAGCUAUUGUAUGCACCCCUAUUGGAUGUUUCCGCUUCAUCUUAUCAUCCAUCAUACAUACAUAUCAGUGUUAAAAAAUACCUACUUAUUUUUCUCACGAUUUUAUAAAAAAUCAUACCAUAAUAACCUUCUGUAUUUAAAAAAUGUCAUAAUUUUAUAAAUAUUUUCUCCAAUACCAAAAUUUAAUUUUGAAAUGAAUCAACCCUAUUAUUAUUGAUAACUGGAUGUUGAUGAAUCACAAAGGUUGGAAUUUCAAUUUUGGUAAAAAUUUAGAAAACUAUACAGAAUGGAGAUGAACUCCAUUCAAAUCAUUAGAGCAUGUUUGUAAAGUGAUUAAUUAUAAACCUUUUUACAACCAUAAGACUUUUUCCAACCUUAUUUCUCCAACGAUUGAUGUCAAUCUGAGUAUAAUUAUGCAGUACGUCUGCUAUCACAGACGCUGCAAAAUGAGUACAAUAUUGUAUCAUUAGGAUAAAAUAAUGAUAAAUUCAAAAUGUGAAAAUAGGUAAUGUAUCAAUAUUAUUCUAUAUGUAAUAUUAUCAUCAUGCAACAUAUUCUGGAAAAGUGAGUUUCAAAAUUAAUUGAUCUUGAAAUCUAGUCCAUUUUAGAUUGAACUUUUGCAACCAAUAUUCCUGACCUUCAUAUUAUGUAACUACAACAUUUUCGUCUGUAAAUAAAAAAAACGCUACAACCCCUCAUCAUAUGAAAAUUUUGGGAGUUUCGUUAGACAUGUUCAGUUCGGUGUGAGGGUAAAUGUAUUGUCCUGUAUCUAUCUAUUUAGGAGAUCUAUCUAGUUAGUGUAUCUAUCUAGGAGAUGGGCAGCCCUACCAAUCAAUCAGACAAGCAUAAAUGCACAGAGAAACUAUGAAAGUGGCAUCAAUCUCAUAUAUUAGGGUGUGGAACCUCUCUAUCUCCCGGGUUGAGCAUUCAUGGGGAUCUUUUGGUUGCCGGUUGCAGAUCAUUGGUUGAAAAUAUCAUAUCACCAUGGAAAGAUUUAAUAAAAUGAAUUUUUAUGCAAGUGUUAGUUAGUUUUCUAAGUACAUAUAAUAUAAGUGUACUAACUGGUGUAGGCUCUGCACAGCUCUCUCACCCAAAUUAUUUGCCACAACACAUCGCGCGCACAUCUUUUUCAUAGCUUUGCUCUGGAGUGCCACAAGUUGGUCCCAUAUGCUGAUAGCACAGAAUUGGAUUAUGUGUUUGAUUGUAAUUUAAGUUAAAAUAGCCCACUAUUUAUCUCAUAUUGGUGCAAAAAUUAGACAUUAGCGUUCGCUAUAAAUUGAACAUUCCUAAAUAGAAUAAAUCAGGGGUGCCACAGGUUGACGCAGACAUGGAAAUAUUUGACUUCUUUCUUACAGGGGUCCCUAAUUGGGCUUAGGGGAAUGGGCACACCCGCAUAAAGACAUGAUUUUGUAAAUAGGACCUAUCUGGUUAGAUGUGAAAAUAUAAGCUUAGUUCAAUAAUGAUAAUAAUAAUUCAAAAUUAUGUUGAAAAAUACAGAAAAGAAAUUUCGGAUAGAAUACGGAAAAGUGAAUAGUUUCAUAGAGGAGUCUCAAAAAAUAAAUUUCAUGUAUUAAGAGAUAAGCAACCUUUCAUAUCAAUCCAAAAUAGCAAUUUGAUGUAUUUUAUUAAAUAAAUAUCAUGUAUCCAAAUGUAAAUUAUUUCCCUUAAGCUGCGUUUACACCAGAGUUAAUAACACAACUUUUUAACAUUUUUGUUAUUAACUGAUGUUAAUAUUACAAAAGUCAUUAACAUCAUGUUGAGCUGCUUUUACACCAGAGUUAAUAACACAAGUUAUUAAAAAAGUUAUCAACUUGACUGAUCGACAAACAUUUCUCAAUUUCAAAAGUUAAUAACUCGUGUUUUUAACAGAAAAUUCCUUGUUAUUAACAAAAUUUAUGUUAUCCAUCAAGAGUCGGUAAAGAUCGAAGGAAAUGUGCUAUAUUAAUAACAAAAGCCUCUUCUAUCGCAUUAACUUUUGUUCCUAUCUUCCCCGCAACCCCCUCGCCCAGCAUCCCCACUCUACAACUACAGCUGUUCCCUAACAAAUACAGCUGCAGACGAAACACGUUACAGAGUUAUUAACUUUUGAUGAUAACAAAACUAGCAGCCGAAAGAAAAUGUUAUUAACAUGUGUUAAAAACUUUUGUUAUCAACUCUGGUGUAAACGCACUAUAAUUUGUUUAAAGAUCAGAUGAAGAUCAUUAUGUUAAUGAUCACACCUGUUUCAAUUUUAAACUAUUUUCAUGAAUAACUCGUGUUAUUAACUCCGGUGUGAACGUAGCUUUAAUUAUUUAUCAGUUGAGUGGAUUAGGUUAGCGAUCAUUAGAUAAACAGCUGAUGAAUAUCUGAGCAUUUAACACAGAGAGUCAUGUUUCUUAUAUUUUCUUGCAAAUGGUAGAUGCAAGUGGUGAUUUCUUCUUAAAUAAUUUAUUCAAGUAUAAAUUGAAUAUUCAAAACGCUAGUUCAAUGAGAUGAGUUCUCUAAAUAUUCAAGAAUAAAAAUCCUCUGAAAAUAGAAAUUACUCUAAAAAUAAAUGAAAAAUAUGACUGUGAUGGCAUCAACUUGGUAUGAUAACAUCCUUGGUAUAUGAACAUCCUUGGAAGGAUAACAUCCUUCUUGGUAUGAUAAAGUGAUAUCCUGUCUUUUACACCCCUCCAAUAUAAUAUAAGUUAGUUAUUCCUUUUUGAUAUUUUUUUCAAGUUACGUGUCAGCAGGUUAAACCUCUAAAUACGCUUUCAUAGGAACAAAAUACAUCAACUUCUUGACUAUUUUUCAGAUGAAUUUUUGUUUAAGAAUAAUUUGAAGGAUUAGUGAACAAUUCCAAGCUCUUAAUCCAUAGGACAAAUCAUUUUCAUAAAUUGCACAGUACAUGUUCUUGGCAAAAUUCUCUUGAAAAAUGAUAUUUUCUACUUCGUCGGCCUACUAUUCAAAGCUGUUUGGAUGCUAGAAUGUUAUAGCCUAAAUUUUCCUCUCAACAUAGUCUCCAAUCCAAGAUAACUCCCAAAUAUUUUAUCGAAUUUAAACCCAAAUCCACAAUUCCAUAAUUGCAAUCUUUUAAUCAUAUUUUCAAGUGGAUGGUAGAUGUGAAAUCGUUGUAUGCGUGUAUUUAUGUUCACUUUUGUUGUUCUUAAUAACUUCCUAUUGAAUCGAAAUUAUGGAAACGCCAUUCUUAUAGACUAAGUCUUUUUAUAAAUAUUAAAUAUUUAUAAUAAAUAAUUUAUAAUAAAUUUUAUUUCAGAUUUUCAACAAAAAAUGUAUAGAUCUAAUUUUGUAAAAUGUUUAUAUGAUACAUCAAGUUGUUUUCCAUCACUAACUGCUUAUUAUUAAAUCACUUUUUAGAUAUUAAAAAGAGCGACUAGCAGUCAGAUUAUUUCAAUAAAUGAAUUUUAUUGUAGCAGUGAAGAACCUUCUCGCAGCGUUUUUAUAUUCAUUCCUGAUCAAUCAUAAAUGUUAUGACCGAACAUUCUUGGUAAAUCUCUCAUUUGAGUAAUAAAUAAUCCUGUAAUGAUUAGAACCUCGAAUAUUAUUUCUUAGACUGAAACUAGCAUGGAAAGUUAAUAAUUUAUUAAUAUUCAUGACUGGAAUCAGCCACCAUUUAAAGAAGACUUGCUACACCUUAUGGAAAAAUCCUACUAAGAUUAAUAUUAUAUACUUCUGUAUGAUUGGUAUCUUGCAUGAAAAAUGUACAUCGCUGAAGAAGAGCUUGCUGCAUACUCGAUGAAAUGCGAAUAAAUAGUGACUACUGCAUUCAUUUAUUUAUUGUAUUCACCAAGUAUCAAAUCCAAAAGUAUUUAACUAAGAAACAGAGACUAUGUAGCCCAGAGCAGUACCUUGUUUUGAUAAUAAAGUGGUUUAUAAAAUCUAGACUCUUGAUUCAUUAU